UUUCUCUUUAUUUCACUGUAACAUAACAGCUUAUCUUUAAUUGCUUUUUUCUCUGCACGCCAAGUAACAAAUCAACAGCAACUCGCGUUACUCCAAAAAAUCUGACUGGAAAUCCCCGUGAAGACAUUGAAGUGGGAGAGGGUGAAAUGUCACAAAUAGAAACUCCAAAUAGUCCAGUGACAGAUCUGCACUGAAGACUUCCUCCCAAAGAAACGUCCUGCAAGAGCCUGAUACUGUCUUUUUCACCUGAACGUCAUAUCAGAAAGAUUUCAAAUGGCUGGACCUUGAGCUACCUUUGGAAACUUGAGGACAGAAGAACUUCAUGGCGCUACAACUGAAAGCCUUUCUACGGCACCACUGCCGUCGUUCAAGUCCCCUGCUUCACAUCCUGGGCUUGUCUUCUCUUACUUUUUUAGUGAUCUUUCCAUUGUUAUGUCAUAGACUUUUGUACUCAUACUAUUUCUUUAAGUUUCUUUAUUUGAAAUCUAUGAGUCAUGAAGCAUUGCAGGCCAGCUUAGCAAGAGGACAGACGGCCCUGCAUUACUGGCAGUCCUUUAAUGGAACCCCACAACUUCUGCCAGUGGAGCCAGCCAGUCCCCAGAUCCUGGUAACCAUUGUAACAGCUGCACGACCCACAGAUGGCAUUCAGUAUCACUAUGUGCUGCAGGUGGCAGAGCUGCUUGAUCAUGCCUUAAUGGAGUGUGGCGGGUGUGCGGAGGUACUUUUGUGCAAUGUGGAAGAGGAGCCAGAGAAAAACGAGGAUGUAUCGUUGCUUAUAAAACGCUUCCCCGUGGUCGAGCGAUUCAAGGAUCUCGAACGGCAGGCCUCAACAGCAUUAAACAUUUUUGAGAAGGAGAAACAGGACUACGUCUACUGCCUAAAGCAAAGCUUGGAAAUCUUCAAUCCCCAAAACGUGCUGCUCUUGGAGGAUGACGCCGCCCCAAUGCAGAACUUCUUUCCGGUGGUCCAAAAUCUAAUCUCGCGGAGCUUUUACUCCAACACGCUUUACGUGAAGCUCUUUCAUCCAGAACGGCUACACCGCUACUGGAAUCCCGAACCUUACAGGAUACUCGAGUGGGUGGGCCUAGGCAUGACCGGGGCUUCGGUUUUAUGUGCACUGUAUAAAAGACUGAUAGGAUUUUCACCCAAGAUGUUGCCUUUCCUCUUUUUAUUUUUUAUGCUGUACACGAUGGCGGCUGCUGAGCUUUUUGGGAGACACUACUUGCUGGAACUGCGCAGGCUGUCCCCUCAGCUCUACGCGGUGUCCCCUGCGACCGAGUGCUGCACCCCUGCCAUGCUGUUUCCACACUUUUCUGCGAGGCGUGUCAUGCACUAUCUCAAUGAACUGACAUGCAAGCCAGGCUUUGCUAAAGAUAUCGCCCUGUAUGACAGCCUCCAAAAAAACCAAAGCGAACGAGCUCACAGUGUAGAGCCCAACCUCGUCUGGCAUAUCGGAGCCUAUUCAUCGGUAAGGGCCACCCGCUCACAGCCCAGACUUCUGUAACCCCCCCUGCGGAACCCGUCUUGUUCCUUGAAUGCAAGUAAGGAGUUGUGCUCAGAUUAUUAGGAAGCUCCUUUGAACAUCACUACCUCACCAAGUGGCCAAGACUUGAGGGAUCCCAAUGUGUGGCUUUCCAACCCGCUGACUUUAAGGGGGGAGCACCAUCAGUGCCUGUUGUUUCCUAAAAAUUUCAAAGCAAAUUCUGUAAAGCUGCAGGAUGACAUGUAAUAUGAUUUUUAGCUCAUUGAUUGCUUCAUCUGCCAUAUUAUUAAAAAAAUGAU